UUCGAAAUUCAACACUUAUUGGGACGCGGUGGGACGGCGGAAGUCUACCAGGCGCACCGGAAAGGAUUCAACUUCGCGUUGAAAGUCGUCAAGGCGCAGGACCGACGGCAGCUAGCGAGCUUUCAGCAGGAGGUUGUACUCCUUGAAAACCUUACCCGGAUUAACAGAGACGAAGGUCGCGAGCAUGUGGUGCGCUGCUAUGGCUCCAAGUGCGACGCUCCGUCGCUGCGAAUCUUCAUCCUGUUGGAAUAUGCGGACUGUGACUUCCAACUUUACCAGCGGGAUGUCUUCUCCCGCCAGAAUGCAAACUUCAUGCCACUACCGAUGAUCCUGCACUGCUUUACGCAGAUGGUCGCCGCGGUGCGGUUCAUUCAUUCGAAAAACAUUUUGCACUUCGAUCUGAAGCCAGCAAACUUUCUCUUGUUCAAUCAGCGAACAAAAAUCAAGCUCUCAGACUUUGGCCUCGCAAGAGUGCUCGAGCACGACAAAACUCAUGUGAGUCGUGAUGGGCAUUGCGGCACGGUGUUGUACAUGGCGCCAGAAGCGUUCCAUCAAGGUGAGCAGUACGAGAGCAGCAUGAAGAUGAAGUCGGGGACGGACGUCUGGUCGUUGGGUAUCAUCUUGUAUGCUAUGAUUUACGGAAGGCCGCCG